AUGGCUUUCACACUGGAGCACGUGGCCAUUGCUUGUGGUGCCAGUGGGGUGAUUGCCGGCAUCGUGAGCUUCGGCUUUCUGGGCAUCGUGCUGUGCUUUGCACAUGUUCUCUGGCUGCACAAAAUUGGAGAGCGGUGGUUCGGCCGCCGUAAAUCGUCUGCCGCCGCUGGCACUGUCCGCCUUGCUGUCGAGUGGCGCGAUGAUUGGGCCGAG